UCAAUUCUGGCAUCAGUGGCUUCUAUAUGCGAGAGCUGAUUAGUAAACUCGAGUGUGUCGUGACAAGUACUUCAAUUUUGCGACAGUAUGGCUACUCUACGAUGGGGCAUCGCCAGUGCGGGGAAGAUCGCGCACGAUUUCACAAUAGCGUUGCGUACUUUGCCGGCGAACGAGCACGAGAUAAUCGCCGUCGCGGCGCAACAAUUGUCGCGCGCGGAAGAUUUUGCGAACCUCCAUAAGAUUCAAAAGGCCUAUGAUGAUUACGAGAAAUUGGCUUUGAAUGAAGAUAUUGACAUUGUAUACAUUGGUAUAAUUCAUCCUCAACAUUUCGAUAUCGCGAUGCUGAUGCUGCAACAUGGCAAGCACGUUCUGUGUGAGAAACCGUUGACAUUGAAUUUGAAACAGACUACAGAAUUGAUCAAUUAUGCGAGACGCAAGAAGUUGUUCUUGAUGGAGGCUGUAUGGAGCCGCUGCUUCCCCGUGUACGACGCCAUCAGGAAGGAACUCGCAUCUGGCAAUAUCGGUGACAUUUAUCAAGUGACCGCGUCCUUUGGUUUUGGAAUGCCUAACAUAGAUCGGAUAAGUAAAAAGGAACUGGGCGGCGGCACGGUUAUGGAUCUUGGCAUUUACUGUUUGCAAUUCGCCUGUUUGGCCUACAACAAUGAGAUGCCGGAGAGUAUAAAAGCUUCCGGUGUUCUAAACGAGAAUGGCGUCGAUUUAUCCAUGUCUGCUACCUUGCUCUACAAAGGAGAUCGUACCGCGACCAUCAUGACACAAGCAUUGGUCAAUUUACCAAAUGAGGCGUAUAUCUGCGGCACCAAGGGUAUGAUAAAAGUGCCGAGUUUUUGGUGUCCGACAACGGUCGAUCUACCAAGUGGCAAAUUGAACUUUUCGUUGCCCGAAUUAAAUGAGAAAACUAACUACAUAAAUUCCGCCGGACUUUCCUAUGAAGCCGCUGAAGCUCGCGCGUGUAUUCUAAAAGGUUUGAUAGAAAGUCCGAAAAUGACGCACGAUACGUCUUUAUUACUAGCGAGAUUAGAGGAUGAAAUUCGCAAACAAUUGGGUGUUGUGUAUCCUCAAGAUGCUUGAAAAAUCAUGUACAUUUUUUACAAAUAAAAUAUAUGUAUGCAUAUAUAAUUUGAUAUAUCAUUAUGUGUAGUAUAUAAAUACAAGAUUUUCAUGAUUGC